AUGGCAGGGAUGAGCACGCCACUACAAGACCCGAGGGACAAUGAUCACCAGGUCAACGUCCCACUUGUAGGUACGCACGGGAGAGGUGGCAGUGAUGUCAGCCCGGCCAGUAUAUAACUGCGCACGAGUAGCUCACCGCAACAUUUCACGAGUUAUCUCAGGCGACGAGCACGAGCCCGACUCAUUUUCCUCAAAGAACAUGUCGUUCCGGAAUUAUAUGAUCGCAGCGGCGCUGGCCCUGGCCGCUACUCUAGUGUCGGCCAAGCCUAGCGGCAUGUCGCUACCGAUAGCAGUGAACAAAGCCGUGUGCAGGACAGUAGUGGAAAAAGACGAAGACGGAGACAGAAUCCCGAGAACGAUCAAAGUCAUCAAGUGCGCCGCGGACCCGUACGAGAUGUGUCCGGCCGCCAAGGGCAAGAGCAUGCGCUGCUGCGGCGCCUUCCCGCUGGCCAGCGGCGCGCAGUUCUCGUGCACGGAGGUGCAGGACUCCGUGCUGGUGAUGAAAGCGAAGACGUUCCGCCCCUACGUCAUCAACGUGCCAGUCGGCUGCUCCUGCAUCCGGCACAGCGUCAGCACCGCCGCCGAGUGACAGACAGACAGACAGACUUACAAAGGUAACUGGUGUUCCAAGUGUUUGUUGUGCAUCACGACGGCAGAUCUCAUUGCACAGGGUAGAGUUGCGUUGUGACGUAACCGUUCUAGUUAUUGUUUAUGUUGACUAAUUCAUAAAAUGGCUAAAGUAUAAAGCGGAUGUAAAUAUAGCAUAGUCUGCUUAGGUUCCUAGUUGAGUGGCGGAUCAGCUCACGGUGAUAGUAAAUAGAAAAUAUUGUAAUUUAUUUUAUUAUUUCCACUAUUUGUGUUUCUACCUGCAUCUACAACAACUAAUUAUAUAUCUCAUUUGUAAAAAUGCUUGUUUUGUAAGCUCCACGGCUUUCACAACGUGUAUUUACAUGUGUAAUAACAAUUUCGUUUGUAUUUCCACUAUUAUGACUAUAUUAUUCAAAACGUUUCUUAUAUUGCUAGUUGCUACAUUAUUGAAGUGUGUUCUGUAGUUUGUGUAGGUAGUAGUUUGG